AGAGACGAACAACUCAAACCUCUCUACUCCACUCCGAUGGCGGCCAAGGACAACGACACCAGACUCAAGAAGAGGAAGCAAGUUCCCGGCGGCACUAAGCCGGAGACCCACCGUAGCUCCGAUUCCAAGAAACCCAGACUCGCCGGCUCUAAACCCACCGACCCUCGAAAAAAUGACUCCUCUAAACCCUUCAAGCGUCCCAAUCCCGACGCCGAGAAAACGACGUCGUUGUCGAAGAAAGAGCUUCGCGUCCGUGCUAAGGAGCUUGCUGAAGCUAGGAAGAAGAAGCGAAAGCCUUACUAUAAUUUAGAGCAUGAGCUUGCACAUCUGUGGGAGAAGAUGAGGAGUCGAGAUAUUUCCAAGGAAGAUAGAUACAAGUUGGUGAGCGAAGCCCUUCAAAAAAUGAAGGGGAAAAUUCCUGAAAUUGCAAGCUCUCAUGUCUCUUCCCGUGUUCUGCAGACUUGUGUUAAGUACUGCUCUAAAGCAGAAAGGGAUGCAAAGAAGAAAAAAGCGGAAGGGGAUGCAAAAAUGAGAAAAGCGGAAAAAGAUGCAGUAUUUGAGGAGCUUAAGCCACAUUUUCUUACCCUUACACGCAGUGCAUAUGGUGUUCAUCUGGUGAAAAAGAUGUUGGACAACGCCUCCAAACAGCAGCUUGCGGAGUUUAUCUCGUCACUCCAUGGACAUGUUGCAACCCUUCUGCGUCACAUGGUUGGAUCUGUAGUUGUAGAGCAUGCGUACCAAUUGGGAAAUGCAACUCAAAAGCAAGAACUUUUGGUGGAAUUAUAUUCUACAGAACUACAGUUGUUUAAGGACUUGGUCUUGAAGAAAGAGGGCAGGUUAGUAGAUAUAAUAGCAAAGUUAGAUCUGCAGAAAUCUUCAGUCCUGAAGCAUAUGACUUCGGUGAUUCAACCAAUUUUAGAGAAAGGAAUAGUUGACCACUCUAUAUUACAUAGGGUGUUGAUAGAGUACUUCACCAUAGCUGAAGAGUUCUCUGCUGCAGAUGUCAUUAAACAGUUGUCAGGUCCUCUUCUUGUCCGAAUGAUUCAUACAAGGGAUGGAUCUAGGGUUGGAAUGCUCUGUGUCAAGCAUGGCAGUGCAAAGGAAAGAAAGAAGAUAAUCAAAGGAAUGAAAGGCCACAUAUGUAAAAUAGCCAGUGAUCAAUGUGGAAGUAUGGUGCUUGUCUCUCUUGUUUCAGUUGUUGAUGACACAAAGCUUAUUACAAAGGUUGUCAUUAAUGAGCUUCAAGAACAUUUAAAGGAUCUUGUUUUUGAUAAGGAUGGAAGGCGCCCAUUACUGCAGCUACUUCAUCCAAAUUGUUCACGCUAUUUGACUCCCUAUGAUCUGGCUUCUCUCAGUUUAUCUAUCCCUUCUUUAUCCAACAAGGUUGAGGCAGAUAUCCCUUCUGAAGGGAAGGAAACUGAAACUAAUGAUCCUGAUGAGAAUACCAAAUUAGUUGAUGGUGGAAAAAAGGAUCCUUCAGUCCGAAGGCAAGAAUUGUUAGUCAAGAGUGGGCUGGCUGAGAGGCUAGUUGAUGUAUGCAUUACAAGUGCAGGGGAGUUACUUAGAUCAAACUUUGGCAAAGAAGUCAUAUAUGAGGUGGCAACUGGGGGUGCUGAUGGAAUCCUCCACCCAACUUUGGAUGACAAGUUAGAUGAACUAUAUGAAGCUAUAGCAACUCUUGUUGCAGAACCUAAAUCCGACGAUCCAAAAGAAGAACACCUCCUUGAAAAUUUUCAUUCUAGUCGGACCAUUAGAAGACUAAUCUUGGAUUGCCCUGCAUUCGCCUCCACUUUGUGGAACAAGGCACUGAAAGGGAAAUGUGAAUUGUGGGCCCAAGGUCACAGCUGUAGGGUAGUUUCUGCAUACUUAGCAUCUUCAGAUUCUCAUGUAAAUAAGCUGGCAAAGAAGGAAUUGCAGCCAUUGAUAGAUGCUGGUACUCUGAAAGUCCCUGAGGCACCAGUAGCAAUUGGAACUAAAGAAUGAAGACAAUGUCUCCGAGAACUGUUAUGGCUUGGUGGUGACUAGCCAGAUCAUAAUGCAACACCAAUUCCCCAUCCGACCAAGUUUUUCACUAAAGUUGAAGGAAAGUUCAGUUUUGUACGACGAGUAUUUUGUACGGGAUUCUAUAACUAUACUUUGUGGAUGGUACAGUCACAAUCUGUUAUACAAUGUCAUUUUGAUUAACAAGAUUACUCUAUGCAUUUGUGAUGCUUAUUCAUGAUUAAUGAAUUUACAUUUCUCCGUUC